AUGGGCGAUGCGAGCGACACGGACAUGGCGGAGCAGCACGAAGUCGCAGACGCCGACACUCGCUACACGGAACAGCAGGAGGACACGGACGGCGACUUUUGCCACACCGAACAGCACGAGAACACGAACUCCGACUAUCGCUACACGGAGCAGCACGAGAACUCGAAUGCCGGCUAUACUCGUACACAUCAGCGCCGAGUCUACUACGAUGCGGGUCCCGCCGGUGGCGAUCAGGAGCAGCGGCAGGUGUAUUACGACACGGACGAAUCUCUCGCAGCGAGCGACGACGACGACGGAGACGACGACGAGGAGAGCAUUCGAGGCGACGACGACUUCGGAUUCUCAUGGCGCCGACGAGGCAGCCAGCGAGGCGGUACCCGGUCGUUUCAAGACAACUCCGACGACGAUAAUGAUCUCCUGGAAGGCCCGGAGGACGUGAGCGCGCGGCAGGUGCGGCGGGGGCGGGACAUUCAGGGGAUUCCGUGGGAGCGGCUGCACCUGAGUCGGGAGAAGUACCGCGCGAUGCGGCUGCAGCAGUACAAGAACUACAAGAACCUCGACGUGUCAUUGGAUGUUGUUGAUAAGGAAGUGCAGCAGGUGACGACGGGCAGCAAUUUCUACGAGUUCACGCACAACACGCGCGCAGUCAAGUCCACCAUCGUGCACUUCCAGCUGCGCAACCUCGUGUGGGCCACGUCAGCGCAUGACGUGUACUCGCUGCACCACCACGUCAUCAACCACUUCUCCCCGCUCACGCGCAAGUCCACCCCGGUCCUGGACCUCGGAAACCCCCUCGUCGCCAGGCGCCACGCCCCCCCGCACGCCCACGCGCCCACAGCUGGCGCGCGGGGCGCAGGGGGCGCGGGGGGUGCAGUAGGCAGGGGGGAUCAGCGCAGCGGAGUGCAGCUGGAGCCUUCUGCGCGGGCGAUUUACACGGGAGCCAUGCCCUCCGCUGCAGGCUCCGCUGCUGCUGGGAGAAGCAACAGCAGUAGCAGCGGUACAGAGGAGGGCAGAGCGGUGCUGGGGAGAGAGGCAGGGGGACUGGCGCUUUCUCAACAGCAGCAGCAGCAGCAGCAGGAGGGGGUGUGGGAGGCGGUGGAUCGGGUACAAGUGAGCACCAUGUGCGUCAGACACGGGCUGCUCGUAGCAGGGGGCUUUCACGGGGAGAUGGUCUGCACCAGGCUCGGCACAGGCUCGGAAGCGGACGCAGGCUCGGGGUCGGAAGCAGGAGUGGCGUUCACAGGGCGGGUAUCCCGGGAUCAGAGUGCCAUCACGAACGCUGUUGAGAUCUUCAGAUCUAACAGUGGAGCACUGAGUGUGCUCACGUCCAACAACGACUGUGUGGUGAGGGACUUCGACAUCGCCACCUUCUCCAUCCUCUCCCGCCAAGCCUUCCCUUGGCCCGUCAAUCACACGGCAGUGGCACCGGACAGCACGCUCGUGUCAGUGGUGGGGGACGACCCCGAAGCAUUGCUACUCGACCUCACCUCGGGCAAGGUUGUAGCGCGCAUGCAGGGCCACGUGGACUACUCCUUUGCUACAGCCUGGCACCCGGGCGGCAACCUCUUUGCCACGGGCAACCAGGACACCACGUGUCGCGUGUGGGACCGCCGGCGACUUGACAAUUCCCUGUUCACCCUCAAGGGGCGAUUGGGGGCUAUUCGGUCACUCAGAUUCACCAGCGAUGGCAGGUUCAUGGCCAUGGCUGAGCCAGCAGACUUCGUGCAUGUAUUCGACACGAGCAGCGGGUUCACACGAGCACAGGAGAUUGACAUAUUCGGGGAGAUUGCGGGGAUAUCGUUUUCCCCUGAUACAGAGGCUCUCUUUAUUGGUGUGGCGGAUCGCACAUACAGUAGUCUCCUGGAGUACACCCGCGCUCACUCAUACGCUUAUCUUGAUGCUUGCAUUUAA